GUAAGGCCACUUCUCGCUCGCAAAACAUACAUGGGAGCGAUCGUGAGCGCGAUGUCCGGCCCGAAAGACAAUGGACAGCUGCUGGCUCUGGUUGAUUCGGGGGACGCGGCGGGGCUCAAGGCCGCCCUCCGCUCUCUCUCCGCAGGGGCGCUCGAGGCCUUCUUGGCGGGGAAGUCGAUUCCGGAUGAGCAGAGUAAAUCCAACUUCCUCAGUGUCUUGCUGUGGCCCUUCCGUUUUUUAGGACAGCGAAGGACGCCCACAGAGACUCCACUGCACCGGGCUGUCAAAAAUAACCAGCGGGCCGUUGUGGAAACCCUCGUUAGCCUCGGCGCCAAUGUGGAAACCAAGGACGGAUCCGGACUGACGCCCCUACACUACGCUGCGAAGGAAGGGCUGAAGUCCAUGGUGGAGCUGCUCCUCAACAAGGGCGGGGAACCAGAAGCAAAGGACGCGAAUGGGUGGACGGCAAUGCACUUUGCAGCUAGUAGUGGACAGACACUAGUGUUAAAUGCACUUCAUAUGAAAGGCGCCCAUUUCGAUGAUGCAAAUAAUGAUGGUGACACGGCUCUCCACAUCGCAGCUUCAACAGAGAACCUUUACGCUCUGUACACGUUGGUGAAAUUUGGUGCUUCCACCGACAAGAAAAAUAAGGCAAACAAGAUCCCGAAGGACCUUUUGACGACAACUUCCGAUAAAAUUAUUGCCGUGUUAAAGAUAGUGGCUACAACCGAGGAGAAAAUGGUCAAACAGUUGCAGGAAAUGAACGAGAAAUAUGACAAGAAAGUGACCGAGACAAAUAAACUGCAGGAAGAAAAUGAAGAGUUGAAGAAAACCAUUAGGGCAAAGAAAGAGAUGGUCAAGGCACUACAGGAAGACCUCGAAGCACAGGCACAGCAAAUGAAUAGAAAAUGUAACCUGAAAGAUACCAAGAUAGCUGGUUUGCAACAGGAAAAUUGCAAUUUGAAGGAAACGAUUAAGGCGAAGGAAGAGGAAAUCUCGUCGCGUAUGGAUCAGGCUACUUUGAUUCAAGAACUGGAAUUAAGGCUGACGGAAGCUGAGGUAACUUUGCAUUUUUUAAGUUCAUUGAAGUUCAGGAAAAUUUAUGACAUUCAUUAUUCACGAAAGAGAAUAUAGAACCCUAAUAAACACUAGUUCAAGCAAUUGAA